AUGGUCGUCUCAAUCCGGGUUGCAGGUUAUGCCGACUACAUCACAGAUGACCAAUAUCAAAACUACUUCCGACAGUAUGUCGGACAUCUGGCAUUGCCAUUGCCCCACGAGCAAAGCAAAGGCUUCGUACCGCCUGUCGCCACCAUUCGAUUUGUGGAUUGGGAAACUCCCUUCGCCAACAUGGAUAUAUCGGAAGACCUGGAGGCAAGGAUGGAAAACUACGGGAAUAUCCAGUCCACAGGCAAGGUUUACCUUGAGAGUUCCCACAACAUUCACAUUGAAGCCCAGUAG